ACCUAUCCGCCUGUCGCAUCACCUGGCCUGGCCACACCUUUCACUGCCCUCUCAACCCCUUCAUCGAAUCGACGUUCGCGCUCUCUCUCUCCACUUCUCUAUAGACCGGGCUGCGCGCGACCGAGCAGGUCCAUUCGCAGCAGCGUUUAACGACCGGGCUGCCCGCUUCGUACGCUGCCGCUUCGUACGCUGCCGCUUCGUACUCUGCCGCUUCCCUGUCGUCCGGUCCUUCUGCCUGCUCGGGCUCCUAAUUCCCGCGUGAGGCUGCAAGGAUUUUAUGAUAACAUACGCCGGGAGUUGAGACGAGAGCGGGCUUGGCGAUUUUUACUGAUCGAUGCUUUUCGGUCUGGCGCGUGAUUCGCGCGUGGAUGGGGAACUUCCUAUCGCGCGACAGAGGGAAGCCAGGUGAGGGGAAGCCAGUCGAGCGGAAGCCGGACGAGCGGAAGCCAGUCGAGCGGAAGCCAGUCGAGCGGAAGCCGGACGAGCGGAAGCCAGUCGAGCGGAAGCCAGUCGAGCGGAAGCCGGACGAGCGGAAGCCAGUCGAGCGGAAGCCAGUCGAGCAGAAGCCAGACGAGCGGAAGCCAGUCGAGCGGAACCCAAGCGCGGGGAAGCGAGUCGAGCAGAAGCCGUACGAGCGGAAGCCAAGCGAGCGGAAGCCGGACCAGUGGAGGCCAGUCGAGCGGAAGCCGGACGAGCGGAAGCCGGACGAGCGGAAGCCGGACGAGCGGAAGCCGGACGAGCGGAAGCCAAGCGAGCGGAAGCCAAGCGAGCAGAAGGCGGACGAGCGGAAGCCGUUUGAGAGGGAGGUGAUCGAGAAGAAUCCGUUCUUGCGAAGCUGCGGCGGAGACUCGGGCAAGGCGCUGCCGCGGAUCGAACGGCCGGCGAUCCCUGAGGAGAACGCGGAGGGGCGCGGAUCGGGGGAACGAGGAGAGGUUGGCGCGGCGGAGAUGGCGGAAGCAGUCCGCGGGGAGGAAGGGGCAAGGAUCGCACGCGCGGAGCAGGAAAUGGACGUAACGGCGGACGUGAAAGGCACGGUAACGGGCGAUGCGGUGAUGGUUGGGAGGGACGUGGAGGAAAGGAGAGGAACGGCGGAAGAGAGGGGGGAGGGUGGGGGAGAGGAGGCGGAAAGGCAGGCUGACGGGGGGAAGGCGGAAGGGGAAGAAGCGGGGGAGGCGAUGUUGGCGCAGGAGGGAGCAGCGGGAGCAGAGGAGGGAGCAGAGGGGGCAGAGGGGGCAGAGGGAGCAGAGGGAUCAAAAGAGGGAGCAGAAGGAGCAGAACGGGGGGCAGAGGGAGCAGGGCGUGAGGAGAAGGAAUGGUGGGGACAAGGGGACUUGCGAGGUGGAGUGAAGGGCGAGAGGGCUUCAGGGUGUGCAGCGGGGGAGGAGGCCGACAUGGUGGUGGACGGAGCACGAGACGAGCCGAACGCAGAGGAAGAAGUGCGGGAAGGGCUGCAGGAGGGGCAGCAGGAGGUGGUGCAGCAGCAGCAGCAGGAGGAGGAGCAGCAGGAGGGGGGGGAAGAGAGACAGCAAGAGGGGCAGCAGGAGGAUGCGGUUGCUGCUGGGGUGGUGAAUGAAGUGCUCGAAGCAGGGAGAGAAGUGGAAGGGGAGGGAGAUGAGAGGCAGGCAGGAGAGGGGGAGGAAGGUGAUGGGAGAACCGGCGGGCGCGAGAAUGAGCUAUCACUCGACCCAGAACACCAAGACAUGGGCGAAAGGGGAUUCGGUGGAGGUGUGCGCGAACAGGGCGAGGCCGACAAUGAGGAAAAAGGUGGGACAGGGAGCGAGGGAGAAAGGGAGAAGGGGAAGGAAGGCGAGGGGGAGUCGUCGGAUGGGAAGGCAGAGGAGGAGGGAGCGGACGAGGGGGUGGCAGUGGCAGUGGGAGAGCAGGUGGCGGGGAGCGGGGGGGGGAAGAAGCUGCUGAUUCUGGACGUGAAUGGGCUGCUGGUGGACACGUGCUAUGUCAAGGACGGGGCGGCGCCGGGGGCAAGGCAACCUGAUGGCCGUGCCAACAACUUCUAUGUGUACCGGCGUCCGUUCUGCGAGGAGUUUGCUCGCUUCUGCCUCGACAACUUUGUGGUUGCCGUGUGGUCGUCCUCACGCAUGUACAACGUGUGUGCGCUGCUGUCCUUUGUCUUCCCACAGGAGCGCCAGGGGGAGAUCGCCUUCAUCUGGGACCAGACGCGGUGCACGAACACGGGCAUGAAGCACCCGGCCAACCGCCACAAGCCCAUCUUCCUCAAGGAGCUCAGCCACGUGUGGGGCAACGUGCACCACGACAUGCCCUGGCCGCCCGCCACCUACGGCCCCGCCAACACGCUGCUGCUUGACGACUCGCCGUAUAAGGCCGUGCUCAACCCGGAGCACACAUCCAUUUUCCCACCAACCUACCAUCUCACCGACACGCUCGACGACGCACUAGCACCCUCCGGUUCUCUGCGCACGUACCUAUCGGGGCUAGCAGCAGCAGCAGAUGUGCCCUCCUUUGUGCGCAGCAACCCCCUGGGCCUGCCCCCUGUGAGGGUCGCUCAACUGCAGGACCUGCUCCUCCUGCUCCGCCCGCCUUCCCCUCCCUCGCUUGCCGCCGCCGCUCCCCCUCGUGGACCUUGGAACCGUGGCACUCUCCUCCCUGCUCCUGCUGCUGCUUCUGCUGCUGCUGCUGGUGCUGGUGCUGGUGCUCCUUGGAAGGGGGGCAGUGCUGGUGGGUUUGGUGCGAUUGGAAAUGGUGCAGGUGGGCUGGGAGGGGCGGCAGCCGGGCAGAAGAGGAAAAAGAAGCAGAAGAAGGCGAAGAAGAAGAAAAAGAAGAAGCAGGUGGGGGCAGGGGGGGUGCAGGGGGGCGAGAAGGAGAUUGGAGAGGAUGGGAAGGUGGGUGAGAUAAAUGAGAUGAAUGGGGGAGAAAGUGGAGUGGUUGAGGCAGAGGGACGGAGAGUAGAUGUGUCUGAAGGAGAAGAAGAGGAGGAGGAAGAUGAGGAGGAGGAGGGAGGGGAUGAGGAGGAUGCGGAGGAGGAGGAGCAAGAGGGGGGGGAUGGGGAUGGUACUAAGGGGAUUGAAAGUGCUGCUGGUGCUGGAGCGCCUUCUGUUCCCACCACUGCUAAUGCUCUUACCGGUGCCAAUUCUGUGCCUAUCCGGACAGUCCCUGUUAGCCAUAGUCGCUGGGACCAGAAGCAAGGCUGCUUCUCUGCUUCCUCUGGUCAUGGUGGCUGGUCUGCUUCUACUCCUGGCGGUGCUGCUGCUGGUGCAGCUGGUGGUUCUGCCCUCCCCACGGGCCCUCUGCCUGUGACUGCUAGUAUGGUUGCUCCCGUGAAUGAGAGACAGCAGCAGCAGUGGCCGCAUGCAAGUGGUGAGUGGCGAGUAAGGAGUAGUGGGUGGGAUGUGCAGCCGGCGGGUGGUCAAGUGGAUAGUGAGCAAAGUAGGAGCGUGGGUAUGCUGGCAGCUGGGAGGAAUGGCGGGGCAGUUAUCCCAUGGAAUGCAUGGCAGCUGCAGCAACAGCAGCAACCACAGCAACCGCAGCAGCAGCAGCAGUAUCCUAAUCAGCAGCAGCAGUAUCCUAGUCAGCAGCAGGAGCAGCCUUAUCCUAAUCAGCAGCAGCACCUCCCUCAGCCUUACACUGCUGCUCCUAACACCGUACCUUUGCCAUUCCUCCCCCGCGCACCCGUGCAACCCCCCACACAACCACAACAGGCCCCACCCCAGCAACCCCUGGGUCCGCCCCACCCGUUCCUCCCCCAACCGCCUCCCUUUUCCCCCUCUCCCGCCUUCCCCUUUGCACUUCAACCUGGGCCGCCCCUGGUGCCGUUCCCCCCCGGUCAGGGCUAUGGGUAUGGCUAUGGGCAAGGGGGAGGGUAUGGAGGGGGAGCAGCAGGAGUGGCAGGUGCUGGUGGCUUUCCUCCUGCUCCCCCUGGCCCCACUUCCCAGGGGGGCAGUGGUUGGCAGGAGCACGGUGGGUAUGGGGGCGAGAGUACCAGCAACAGCGGCAGGCGCAGCAGCAGAAUGGGAGGUGGGACAGGGACAGGAGGGACAAGUGGGGAUGAUGAUUGUGCUGUGCUGCUGCGCCUGUCGUGCGACAGAUAAUCUGUGUCAAAUGCCGGUAGCUGUAGUAGGGCAUAUGGAGCAGUCGUGUGUGGGUUGGGUUCGCAUUGCAUGGGAAUGGGUUCAUGGCG